CCUGGAUUCGAGGACCACACGCCUCAGCCAGCCCCUGCAAGGGCCUAUCAGGGGCGGGUCGGGGCAUCCGAGCGGGUUUGACGGAAGGAGCGGCGGCGACGGAGGAGGAGGAUGGAGGCGGUGGUGUUCGUCUUUUCUCUCCUCGAUUGUUGCGCGCUCAUCUUCCUCUCGGUCUACUUCAUAAUUACAUUGUCUGAUUUAGAAUGUGAUUACAUUAAUGCUAGAUCAUGUUGCUCGAAAUUAAACAAGUGGGUAAUUCCAGAAUUGAUUGGCCAUACCAUUGUCACUGUAUUACUGCUCAUUUCAUUGCACUGGUUCAUCUUCCUUCUCAACUUACCUGUUGCCACUUGGAAUAUAUAUCGAUACAUUAUGGUGCCGAGUGGUAACAUGGGAGUGUUUGAUCCAACAGAAAUACACAAUCGAGGGCAGCUGAAGUCACACAUGAAAGAAGCCAUGAUCAAGCUUGGUUUCCACUUGCUCUGCUUCUUCAUGUAUCUUUAUAGCAUGAUCUUAGCUUUGAUAAAUGACUGAAGCUGGAGAAGCCGUGGUUGAAGUCAGCCUACACUACAGUGCACAGCUGAGGAGCCAGAGACUUCUUAAAUCAUCCUUAGAACCGUGACCAUAGCAGUAUAUAUUUUCCUCUUUGAACAAAAAACUAUUUUUGCUGUAUUUUUACCAUAUAAAGUAUUUAAAAAACAUGAAUUGAGUCUCUGUAGAUUUCUAGUUCUCAACUUUAGCCUGAAUGCCAACACUUGAAGGUGUUCUUCACCCUCUGUAUGUUGAAGGUGGUUAUUUGUAUGUAGGAACAGGACUGCCAUCCCAGCUUUGCAUGCCAAAGAAAUAAAGAACACACUUUAAAGGGCAAACUGAAGAGAUGAGCGAGCAAAGGUGCUCUUCAGGUCUACUGAAAAGUUAGAGUACAAAACAACACUGUUGAUCUGGACAAAAGAAGAAAAAUUACCCUUUUUGCCUGUGUUGUGGCAACUUCAUUUAAUAUAGUUUAAAGAUUUAUGAGACUGUCAGCUAAGUCUUUUCACAAGAAUGUCAACAGAGAAUGGCAUUUCAAAAUAUAUAUAUUUCUUUGCACAACUUGUGAAACCUUAUAAGCCAUUUUCCCCAGGUACAAUGUAGUUGCUGCUGAUAGAAAGGAAAUAUUUUGUCAAGAGCUUUCAUUUAAAAGCUACUACCUCCACAAUCACCCCCAAACCCAGAAAAUCCCCACUGGCUCUUGCCAGUCUGGUUUUCGUAUUGCAAUUAUUCCAAUUGUAUUUGAUCUCCCUGAUAACAUAUUUUAAUGGGUUUGGGUAGAAGAUGCUAAUCAGAAGCAGGAAUAGUUAUUUGCUGUCCGUGAAAUUGAGCCUUUUGGUGCUCCACGUGGUGCCAGAUUAACACCUCUAUCCCUCUGCACUGACCACGUUGUGAAUUGGGAGACCAAAUACAAGCUAUUUCAUGGACAUAGCAAUAUACAACCAAACUCUGUUCCUUGGAGUUAUAUUGUAAACUCUUGCAGUUGGGAGAGCAGUUCACCUCCUCAGCUCUGUUUGCCAGCUCUUACAGGGUAAAAUAAACCUGGCAAUUUAUCCUCA